CUAUAGUUCCGUCACCAAGUACAUUUCUGACAGACUGUUAUCUAAACUAAUAUAUAACAUCAGGUUUAAAACGUGUUAUAUUACUUAUGAUAUUUUCAAUAUUUUUUUGUUUUAAAUAACAUUUCUUGAAAUUUUUAAACGUGACACUGCAUUUUCGCGGAUUUAAUAACUACAGGGACUAAGAUCCUAAACGGACGUGUAGUUUUGUGUACUACAGACGGCAUGGCGGAGGCGCUGAUCGCUGGAGCUGUUCAUAUAAACACAUCCGUUGAUUCGGUGACCGGUGCGAUGGCCUGUAUAACGUUACACGAUGAGAAGUCAAACUUUGAUGUGAUUCCUCCACUAAAUUUUGGUCAUCUGGACAUCACUACAGAUGAAUUAAUUCUGGAUGAGGUUGAUAUUCACAUUCAAGCUAAUUUGGAGGAUGAUCUGGUGAAAGAGGCACUGAAGACGGGUGUGGAUUUGAGGCAGUACUCUAGGCAGGUGGAGACAGAGCUGCAGCAAAUCGAACAAGCAUCAAUCAAAGACUAUAUCAAAGAGAGUCAGAACAUUGCCUCUUUACACAACCAGAUCACAGCCUGUGACUCCAUACUAGAGCGUAUGGAGGGCAUGCUGAGCAGUUUCCAGAGUGACCUGUCAUCCAUCAGCAGUGAAAUUCAGACAUUGCAGCAACAGUCAGUCAGUAUGAACAUGAGACUCAAGAACCGCCAGGCUGUCCGCAGUCAACUCAGCCAGCUGGUGGAUGAACUGGUCGUCCCUAGCACUAUGAUCUCUGUGGUUCUUGACAGUCCUGUCACGGAACAGGAAUUUUUGGAGCAACUUCAUGAGCUUAAUAACAAAAUCAACUUUGCUAAAGAGCUAAGCUUCAGAGAGACCCUUGCUUGCUCAGAUAUACAGGACAUUGUAGAUCGCCUCAAAAUAAAAGCUGUCUCAAAGAUCCGGGAGUUCAUCCUACAGAAAAUUUACUCUUUUAGAAAGCCCAUGACCAACUACCAGAUCCCCCAGAACACAUUACUCAAGUACAGGUUUUUCUACCAGUUCCUGUUAGCCAAUGAGAGAACAGUUGCAAAAGAGAUCCGGGACGAGUAUGUGGAUACCAUGAGCAAAAUCUACUUAAGUUACUUCAAGUCAUAUAGUGGCAGACUGCUGAAAGUCCAGUAUGAAGAUGUUGCAGACAAAGAUGAUCUGAUGGGAGUGGAAGAUACAGCCAAAAAAGGUUUUUUCUCCAAGCCUUCUCUCAAAAGUAGAAACACCAUUUUUACUCUUGGCCAAAGGGGGGCAAUAUUGAGCCCUGCAGAGCUGGAGGGGCCCAUACUAAUUCCACAUGCUGCUCAGAGAGGAGACUCCAGAUACCCGUAUGAAACUCUCUUCCGCAGUCAGCACUAUGCUUUGUUGGAUAAUGGCUGUCGAGAAUUCCUGUUCUUGUCUGAUUUUUUCAUGGUGGCAGGAAAUUCUGCACUGGAUUUGUUCAACAGCAUUAUGGGAAAAACACUCAGCAUUUUUUUGAAGAAUCUGUCUGCAUACUUAUCAGACUGUUAUGAUAGUAUUGCAGUCUUUCUCUGCAUUCACAUCAUUCUGCGCUUCAGAGCCAUCAUAGCCAAGAGGAAUAUUCCUGCACUUGACAAGUACUUGGAGGCUGUGCUAGAAUUGUUGUGGCCGAGAUUUGAGCUGAUUUUGGAGAUGAACAUCCAGAGUAUUCGAAACACUGACCCUCAGAAAUUGGGUGUACUGGAUACCAGACCACACUACAUCACACGUCGGUAUGCUGAAUUCUCCUCUGCUAUUGUUAGCAUAAAUCAAACCUUUCCCAAUGAGAGGACCAACACACUUCUUGGGCAGCUGCAGAUUGAGGUGGAGAACUUUGUGCUGAAAAUGGCGGCUGAGUUUCCCUCUAGACGAGACCAGCUCAUUUUUCUUAUAAACAACUAUGACAUGAUGCUCAGCGUGCUCAUGGAGAGAGCAGCUGAUGACAGUAAAGAGGUCGAGAGCUUUCAGCAGCUUUUGCUGGCAAGAACACAGGAAUUUAUAGAGGAGAUUCUUUCUCCACCAUUUGGAGGUAUGAUUGCAUUUGUGAAGGAGAGUGAGGCACUAAUGGAGAAAGGGCAGCUUGACAAACUCAAAAAUGAUGAAGCUCGUAUUACUCAGUUGGUGCGGGGAUUCUCCGGCACAUGGAAGCAGUCUGUGGAGGCCCUGAGUCAGGAUGUCAUGCGCUCCUUCACCAACUUUAAAAACGGAACCAGCAUAAUUCAGGGAGCGCUGACACAGCUCAUCCAAUACUAUCAUGGUUUCCAUAAGGUCCUCUCCCAGCCAACAUUCCGCAGUCUGGCAGUGCGCUCUGAGCUCAUAAACCUUCAUCAUCUGAUGGUGGAAGUCAAGAAACACAAACCAAACUUUUGAACUCAACAUGAAUCACGAGUUAGGGAUGUUUGCACUGGUAAAAAAAAUUUUUUUUUUGGAGUUUGCAUCACUAAAGGAAGAAUAUUUCCUAAGAAAAACUGUACAAAACAUUAAAUAAAUAAACAGCUUUCAGAAAGUCUAUUAACAUAUUUAAAGGGAUAGUUCAAACAUUCAUUCAUUCAUUUUCUUUGGGUUAGUCUCUACUUCAGAGGUCGCCACAGUAAAAUAAACUACCAGAUAUUCCAGCAUAUGUUUUACACUGUGGAUGACCUUCCAAUAGCAACCCAGGACUGGGAAACACCCAUACAAACACAUUCACACACACUCAUAUAUUACAGCCUUUUUUAUUUUAUUCAAUUUACCUAUACCACAUGUCUUUGGGCUGUGGGGGAAACCAGAGCAUCCGGAGGAAACUUGCAUGAACACACAGAGAACAUGAAAACAGAAACGCCUCCUGGACCAGCCGGGACUCGAACCAGCAACAUUCUUGCUGUGAGAUGACAAUUUAAUAAUCAAACAAUAGAUAUUUUGAAGCACAUUGGAAACCAGUAAACAUUGAAAUUAAUAGCAGAGAAAAUAUAUAUACUAUGGAAGUCAAUGGCUACCUGUUUUCAUAAAGAAGGUUUGCAACAAAUAGAAGUACUCUACUUCUAUUUGUUGAGAGACGGGUGAAAGAAUUUACAUUUUUGGCUGACCUAUCCCUUAAACAGAAGUGUGGGUUAAUUUUUCUUUCCACUGGCAGUACUUUCUUUCUUUUCAUUCAUUCAUUCAUUCAUUCAUUCAUUCAUUCAUUCAUUCAUUCAUUCAUUCAUUCAUUUUCUUUUCAGCUUAGUCCCUUUAUUAAUCUGGGGUCACCACAGAGGAAUGAACCACCAACUUAUCCAGCACAUGUUUUACACAGCGGAUGCUCUUCCAGCUGCAACCCAUCUCUGGGAAACAUCCACACACACUCAUUCACACUCAUCCACUACGGACAAUUUAGCCUACCCAAUUUACCUGUACCGCAUGUCUUUGGACUAUGGGGGAAACCGGAGCACCCGGAGGAAACCCUUGCGAAUGCGGGGAGAACAUGCAAACUCCACACAGAAGGCCAACUGACCCAGGCGAGGCUCGAACCAGCGGCCUUCUUGCUGUGAUGCGACAGCACUACCUACUGUGCCACUGCGUUGCCCUCCUUUUCAAUAUUAUAAAGAAUCAUUCAGUAUCUUGUUUUUAAGCUGAUUAAGGCGUAUUUUUCGUUUGUUGCAAUUGAUUCGUUUUUCUGCAAUGCAAUUUGGUUUCUAGCUGUUUAGUUUGUAAAUGCACUUGCAGCUUCACAAAAUAUUUUAUUUAUUGUUUUUUAUUUUCAUUUGUGUAUUAUCUGAGAUAUGAGAUAUUUAACCAAUCAGAAAGUAAACGUUGACCUGUCUUUUGUUUUUUCACUGAAAAGUACUUUAUGGAUGCAAUUAUUGUUGUAUUUAAUUUAAAAUAAAUAAAAAAAAAUCAUCUUUUGAAAUAAAA